CUUACUCUCCCUCUGGUUCCGUAGCAUAGCAGAUGGAGAAAAUUAAGGCUACAAGGAGGGUACCUCUACUUCUCCUACAAUGGAUUCACCUAUAAUUUCUUUUAUCAUAGUCUGAGAGAUUACAGACUCAUAUAUUGUUGGAAUGAAGUUCUUAUUGGAAUUUGUAUCGUGCUGUGGAUCCGCUGCCUGCUCGGGCCAGGGAACGGCGCCGGAGAGAGCGGAGUACGAUGAGGAGACGAAGUGCCUGGCCCCGUCUUUUCCGACUAGGAGGAAUCGGCGGAGGAGGCGGGGACAUCUGGGCCAGCCGGCGGCCGAGUCCGAGUGGAAGCCGUCUCUGUGCGCUAUCGCCGAGGACAACGCGAUGGUGGUGAUGAAGAAGAAAGAGAAAGCCGGUUGCGCCAAUGAUUCUGGAUCUGAGGCUCGGAGAUCUGCGAAGAGGAAGAGUGGGUCCGGAACCGGAGUUCAUGUCCGUAGCUACGGUGACGAUUACGGGCGAACUCAUCAUAUUCCGACUGUCAUUCCGGCAUUCGCUCCGACUCCGUUCAUGUUUUGAUUAGCGUUCACUCGAGGUUUCCUCGUUUUCUUUAUAUCCAAAGCUUGUAAAUAAUUUUAUGGAUUGAAAGCGUAACUUUAGAAAAUAAAUUCCUAUAAAAUUUUCCUGGAUUUUAUUUA